AUGCCGUGGCCAGCGAUGGCUGUUCUUCUUCUUCUGUUCGCCCUAGUUUCGAGCACCGGCGCCUUUAUCAGGGUCAAGCGACAAUACGGUUCACCGGCGCACCUUCAACAAUGGUCUGUCGAUCAACGUUCAUACCAGCAGCCGCUCGGAUAUCGAGAAAGUUUCAUUGGCACGGAAGACUACUAUCCGAAUGUAGACUACUACAACUACUACUCACAACGAGCGAUCGCUCCUCACCAGGCGCCCAGGUCAUGGACUCUGGAUGGAUAUAAUAGUUACAACUACAUAUACCCGUCCUCAUCUUAUAACACUCAUAGCUCCCAUUCUUCAGGUUACGCUAUAAAACCCGUCUCUUCCAGUGUUGGUAGCUCCUACGCUAGACCCAUUAUUAUUGGAGAAGUAACCCAAGCUCCAAUCAAGAAUUCCAUUCCUGUUGGUCCUAGUACAACAGCGAAGGACGAGUAUCCUACACCACCUUCGGAGUGGGAAGGCGGUCCUGAUACGAGGUUUUUUGCAAGAGAAAACUUUCCUAGUGAUUCACCAGCCACUUUGGCCAGCCAAAAGCCUGAGACCAGCACUAAAGCAACGUCAUCGGUCAGAUUUUUCGAAGGGGAAGGAUUCGAUGAAAAUGGCCCGUUUGUGAGUCACGGCGUGGAGGUCGUAAGCGAAGGUGAACCAACCGAUUUGAAUGAUUCCUUUUUGAAGGCCGCUGUUGAAGAGGACAUCAACGAGACCGAAGCCUCUUCCUUCUCAACACCUGCCGGCGAAGAAACUGGAAAAUCCUCCUCGACAACAUUGGAGCCCAAAGAAGUAGAGCCGAACCCAAGCGAUAAUGAGUCAGACAAGAAGGUCGUUGAGGUCACCGAGGAAACUACAACAAUUACUCCGACUGAUGGCGGCUUUAGCACUCCACAAGCAGUUAUAGAGGAGGCAACGGCAUUGUUCAUAGACAAUGAGGAUUCAUUUGUUACAACCAGCACUGAGCCAGUACCUAGUACUUCUGAGUCGAGCAGUCCCUCUGAUUCGACGAUUGUUUCUCAGGACAAAUUCAUUCCGACAGAAGUUCCAGCCGCAGAUUUCUAUGAGGUAUCUACCGAAUCAACCGAGUCAGCAAGUUCGAAUGCCACAGUGAUUCUGCGAUCGCCCCCCUUGCCCAUUCAAGUCGCAGAAAAGUUGAAGGAGCUAGGGUUCACCGUUCUGAGGCUAUUCAGUUGA